AUGGCUGAAAAUAAUGAUGAACAACAACAAACCGAAUUUGCAAUGUCAACGAUGAGACAUAAAAAGCGACUUAAAUCACAAGUACAAUUACCUUCAACCACAUUAAUUAUUCGACAAUUACCUGGAGGCAAUGUAACAAUAGCACCUGUAAGAAAGAGACGAACGGCAUCAGAACAAAUCAAUCGACAUGAUCGUGUAAUGCAGCUGAAUACCAGUCCAAUUUUAGCAACAGCAGCUGCUCCAGCAUUACAUAAAGAUAGUUGGCAGCAAAGACGUUAUAAUUUUUUAAGUAAAUAUAGCAUGUUCGGUGGAGAAUUAAAAGAUGAUGUUGCCGAUCAAAUUGGUGUCAAUGAACAAGGUAGUGAUGUUGAGCAAAGACCUAUUAUUCCAAUAUUACAAAAUUUUACAUCUGAUAGUAUGGAUUCUGAAGCAUUAAAUGCUAAACGUGGAUCAAUUUUUGGUAUGGCUGUUACCGGUGUUCGUAAUUUACUUUCUGAUGAAGAAGAACAAGCAGAUGAACCUAGUAUUGAUUUAAAAAAUAUUAUAUUAACAAAUAAAAGUAAUCAACAAGAUCUAACAACAACAGAAGCUAUUGGAGUUAAUGAACAUGAUCAUGUAGAUACAGAUGUUUGUACUAAAAGUAUACAAACAGAUGAUGAUCGUGUUUCAACUCCGAUUAUUGCUACUUCACGAACUAAUGCUUCUACGAACCGACGACAGUCACAUACUUCUGUUAAAAAUCGUCGAUUUAAUGCAAUUUUUUCUUGUUCUAAACGUCAAUCAAUAAAAGAACAACAUCAAAAAUUAGCUGAAAUUCAUGAAUCUUAUCGUUCACAUCGUCCAUAUUUUACAUAUUGGGUAACAUUUGUUCAAGUUCUUGUUUGUGUGAUUUCUUUAAUUGUUUAUGGUUAUGCUCCAUUAUCAUCAACUCAAUCUAAAAAUUCUUCUAUUUUCAAACAACAAAAAAUUGACUUAACAAUGAAUCCAUGGUUUGGUCCAUAUCCAGCUGAUUUAAUUCGGUUAGGGGCAAAAUAUACACCAUGUAUUCGUACACAUGAUGAAGUUAAAAGUCGAUAUGAAAAACAAGCAAAAUUAGAAGCUAUGUCUGGUUGUUGUAUUGAUUCAAUAACUGGACGUUGUAUGCAAACGUUAUCUCAACAAUGCCUUUCACGAGUAGGUUUAACAUGGCAUCGAAUACCACUCAUAAGUAAAAGUCUUAAAAACCAAAAUAAUGUUAUUUAUCCUGCUGUGUGUGGACUUACGCCAGAAACAUGUAUAAAAAAAUUAAUUGGUAAUACACCCCGAGAAGAUGAUAGUACAUGGCCAUUGACAUUCGUUAAUUCAAAAAUCUUAAAAUGGUCUCCAAACGCUUUUAAAUGGCCGAUUUGUCUCGAACAAGAUUACAGUCGAAUUGCUAAUAAUAUAUCUCUUUAUCCACAUAUGCAAUGUACAAAUAUAGCGAGACCUUGUUGCACUGGUGUACUUGGAGAUUGUAUUUUGACAUCACGAGAUGAUUGUCGUCGUCGACGAGGAAUUUAUCAUGCACGAGCUCAUUUAUGUUCUCAAAUCGAUUGUAUUCAAAAUGUUUGUGGUAUGCUGGAAUUUUUUGUUGCUCGUUUACCUGAUCAAGUUUAUCGAUUUUGGACAGCUAUCUUUAUUCAUGCUGGUAUAAUUCAUUUAUUAAUAACAAUUAUAUUUCAGUAUACAAUAAUGCGUCCAUUAGAAAAAUUAGCUGGCUGUAUACGUGUAAUGAUAAUUUAUAUUGUAUCUGGUUUUGUUGGAAGUUUAAGUAGUGCAUUAUUUUUACAUGAUUCAGUUCAAGUUGGACCUGGUGGUGGACAAUUUGCAAUACUUGCUUGUUAUCUUAGUGAGUUAUUUCUUGGUUGGCGUUCAUUAAAAAGACCAUGGAUACCAUUCUUUAAAAUAAUUAUAUGUCUUUUCUUAUUAUUUACGGUUGGUUUGUUACCAUUAGUUGAUAAUUAUUCUCAAAGUUUUGGUUUUCUUAUUGGUUUUAUGCUAAAUAUGAUCGUGUUUCCAGAUGUUAGCUUUAAAAAAAAUGUUCGCCGUCUUGUUGUUAUUACAACAGCAUUAGCGACAACAAUUGCAUUAUUUAUUGUAUUAAUUACAUUAUUUUAUACAAUACCAUUUGAAUGUACAUCAUGUAAAUUAUUUAAUUGUCCAUUGGGAAAAACUUGUGGGAAUGAAGAAUACGAUUUAAUCUAA